AUGGUGCCAGCGCACGGGACGAAGGGGAACAUGGCCGCCGCUAGACGUGCCAACAGAGGGACAGGAUGCCCAUUCCUCCCCCUCCCCCCCCCACCCCCGGGGCCGCCGCCCCCACCCACCUUCCAUGAGGCGAACACGACUGCUCCCAAGCUGAGCUCAUCCGGGGCUAAAGGCAGAGGAGCGCUGCUGACCGACAUCUGCAAAGGAGCCAAGCUGAAGAAGGUCGGUGUGGUCAGUGACCGGAGUGCCCCCGUUAUAGAGAAAUCAGGAGGAAGUGGCGGAGGAGGAGGAGGAGGAGGAGGCGGAGCCCCAAUGGGGAUGGGGGGGCUUUUCCAAGGUGGUGUGCCAAAAUUACGUCCAGUUGGAGAUGGCUCAGCAGGGGGUUCAGUAGGCAGGUCUGCACUGAGGCCCCCGGGGGCCCGGUCCGCGGCCCCUCGCCCCCCAGCCGGCCGCUCCAGUUCACCCUCCCCACCAAACAAGCCCUCUCCACCGGAGCACCAGCGCUCCCACCGCCCCUCCCUCCCCGACAUCUCCCGUCCCGCCAGCAGCGGCUCGUCCACAGGCGGCGGGAUGAAGCACAGCACCUCCGCCCCGCCCCCUCCUCCACCCUUCAACAGGGUCGGCCGUGGGAAUGCUCCGCCCACCCCCAACCAGAAAGCACCUUCCUCAUCCUCUCAUAGCAGAGAGAAGCCCCUCCCCCCUACGCCCAACAGAGGUCCCACACCCCCCAGCUCGGUGAAGCCGCCAUCUUCCAGCAGACCUCCAACCGGGGGCUCCUCUGCUCCUCCGCCUCCCCCGCCCUACAGACCACACACCUCAGUCUCCAACGGGCCUUCCCACGUAGACGGGGGCGGAGCUCCGGAGCUGCCACAGAGACACAACUCGCUGCACAAAAAACACACUUCAGGAGGCGGCAACCAAGGACGAAGCCACGCGCCUCCACCUCCUCCUUCUCCGUCUCCAUCUUCUCAGCCGGUCCCGAGACCUCCACCACCUGCCAGAGAGCCGCCUGGACGCAGAGCAGCUCCCCAGGUUCCUCCUUCCGGGUCUCGUAACGGAGGUCGGGACGCUCCUCCUCCACCCCCCCCGUACCGUGUCAACAGCUCUGCGAUCUCAGAGUCCCUCAACCGAGUGGGAAAACCUCCUCCUCCCUCCUCCUCCUCCUCCUCCAUCUCCUCCUCCACCUCCUCCCGCACCCCGGCCGGACCUCCUCCACCUCCACCGCCCAUCAGGAACGGCCACUCCAACUUCUCCUCUUCCAAGUCCAUCAUAGAUGAUUUUGAAUCCAAGUUCAACUUCCACCCGAUGGAAGAGCUUCCACCUCCGGAGGAGUACAGGCACUUCAACAAGGUCUACCCCAGCAGAAACAACAAGGGCAUGAUGAGAGGAGCCCCUCCAGCGCCGCCGGUCGGGAGGUGAACGGGCCUCAGCUCAGGACUUGAACUCUCAGUCAGCCGACUCGGUGGACGGUCAGGAGGGAGUGGUGAAGACGCACUCCAAUCACAAACACGCUCGACACUAAACACACACACUAAACACACAACUUCACUAACAUCAAACCACCAGCCAGAAGCACAGUGGCCAAAAGAGUGAACACUACCACAGCACGCAGGUGGGACACGACUCGGAGUCACUUUCUCACUUUGCACGAGAGAAUCACAAACACUCGGAGACGAGAAGCCGUCUCCAGCCUCACGACUGAGACACCUGGACUUCCUGCUGACCGGAAGCAGAAGCCUCUGUUCCACACCACAGAUCAGGACCCAACUCCCAACGCUUCCACUCUGUGCAUUCCACCUUUUUAAAAUGCAUAUUCAUGAUGACAAUGCUGAUUUUCAUAACUCUGAAUAACAUCUUUUGUUUUGUUUAUUUAAUUGUUUUUCUGGUGUCAGAAUUAAUUUGCGAGGGAGAGAAAGAAAGAAUCAACGCUACGAAUGGAAACUGAGUUUUCAUCAAAUGAAUCCCACUGAGGUGUUGAAGCAGAACUGAUGAGGGGCUGAUUGAUGCUUUUAUUUUGGAGGGGUGGGGGGGAUUUGUCUGAGUCAUUCCAGCUGUGCAGGUGAGGCUGCGUUUAGAUCCUCUCGUGUCAGAGGCCAAAAGCAGGUGAAGUCAGGUGAGCUGCAGAGAGAGGAAUGUCUCCACACUGGUUUUCUAUAGAAAGAUCAUUUCUUCUGGAUCGUGGACGAGAUGAAUCACGGGAACAUUCAGCCUCGCUGCUGGUUCACUGUCACGUUCAGAUCGGGUCGGUUUCCUGCUUCUCUUCUUCCUCAUCUCUCCUUCAUCUGGGGACGUUUUUAUUUCCAUCUUCACUCGAUGUUGCACAGGAGCUGAUCUGCUCCACUGAGACACUGUGCACGAGGCUCAUUCAUGCACGUGACACAUCAGGAUCCCGUUCACAUUGAUGUGAAACAGGAGGAAGCUGAUGUGUGCGACCAGCUGUCGUUCACGUAGCCAGCGUCUCUCUCUGGGUCCGAGGCUGAAUUGUUCUUUGCUCUUCUGGACCGUGUCUUGAUGAUAUUUAGCUGCAGAGUUGUGGAGGAGCUGAUCAGGGAUCAGUUAUCACUUUCUGUGGAUUUCCUCUUCCAGGGAAGUCCGUGUUAGAUCUCCACUGUGUUCAGAAUCCCCAGUUGGACCUUGCUGCUGGUGGCCAGUGGGAGAAGCACGACGUGGCCACAGGAGGCGCUGUUGGGAAGUUGCUCUGCAGUUUGUACAGAUUGGAGCUGGGAGCAGCGAACCAGAAACAAGAGGAACACUUCAGGGCCAGAUGUUUGAAGAACAUGGAGCUUCUUCACUACACUUUGCUUUUAGCUUGACUUUAAAACACUAAUGACAUAUUCAAAGAGACCAAGCAGGAGAAGUGACCACGAAGAAGAGCUUGUUCAGGGCCGACUCUCCGUUCUCAGCCACGUGGCGCCCCCUGCUGGUCUUUGCCUUACACACAUCUGUUGUCUCUCUCCGCGGUACCAGUGCUUUUAUUCAGAUUUAUUUUUUCUUAGGGGGAAGAUGAUGACGUCAGAGUAAAUAAGAAACGAGUAUAUUUGAAAAUGCAAUAAAUAUUGUGUAUUUACAUAAUGGAAUAUGUUAAUCAUAGUUGUUGAUCUAUUUUGAUGUUGUAAAAAGGUUGUAAUAUAGGAAAGAGAGAUGGUGAAGAGUUGAACAUUGAGCAGACUCUCUGGAUGUGUGACCACAUGAGGGUGAAGGAGCUGAACGGACGUGUGACACUUUGUCAACAACAAUAAACUUUGGGGAUCAUGUUUCUUUACAAACAACAACAUCCAGCCGGCGGGUGAACGAGGGAACCUGGUGGCUGAUGGACACGAGAAACACAAAGGACAAAUGAAAGUCCACUUCCUGUCCAGCGUGUGCGUUCACCUUGACCCACAGGUGAGGCGUCACGCUGGUCUCCUCAGGUUCUCACCUUGUCUCUACUCUAACAAGAAGAAACCAACCUGUGGUCAUUUCAUGUUAACCAACCCUUGUUUUUAUCAUUUGAAAUAAAUUCAAAUAAAUGUCUUCCUGUCGGGGAAAAGGGAACCUGA